AUGUUUUUUCCUUUCUUUCUUUAUUUCUUUCCACCUUUUCAUAUUUUUCCUUCCUUCAUUCACCUUUCUUUCUUUCUUCUAACUCUGCAUACACCGUUUGUUUUUCUUCUUUUAUUGAUCUCUAAUUUCAUUCUUUUAGUUCCAUAUUGUUUUCCUAACUUCCCAUCCCGCCAUUCUUGCUUAUUUUUCUUAAUUCUUUUUUCAUUUAUUUUUAAUUCCUCUAUCAUUUUUUCCUUCUUUCCCUUUUCCCUCCGUCAUCCCUCGAUUAUCUAUUUUACUCUUUAUUCUUUCAUUUUUAUCUCCAAUUUCAUAUCCAUAUUUCUUUCUUUAUUGAUUUCAGUCUCAUUUCCUUUAUUAACCACUUCAUAUUUCCUUUCUCUCCUCUCAACUUGUGCCCCUUUCUCCUCUUUACUUUCUUUCUUUAUUCUUCUUUCUCUCUUUCUUCUGUCUACCAUGAAAUAUUAUUGCUUCUCUCUUUCUUUUCCUUCUUCGAAAUUACAUACCUCUCAAUUUCCUUUUCCCUUUUUUCCAUUCUAUUUUCUUUUUUUCUUCUGUUCUUUUCUUUUCUUUUUUUUUUUCAUUCCUACUUCUAUAAUUCUUUCCUUCUCGCCUUUUAAUUCUUCCUCUUCCACCUAUUCUUUCUUUCUUUUUUUUUUCUCUUUUUUUUUUCUUCCUUCUUUUCCUUCUCGCCUUUUUCUUCCUCUUCCACCCCAUUUUUUCUGUUCUUUUUUACUUCUUUUUCUUUCACCCUCUAAAAUAAUUCCUUCUCGCCUUUAUUCUUCCUCUUCCAAAAUUUUUUUCUUUAAAUUCUUUUUAACUUACUCUCUUUUCUUUCAUUUCCCUCUUUUCUUUCCUUCUCGCCUUUAUUCUUCCUCUUCCACCUCCGUUUUUCACUGUUUUUUUCUUACUCUCUUUUCUUUCAUUCCUACUUCUACUUUCUUUCCUUCUCGCCUUUAUUCUUCCUCUUCCACCUCCGUUUUUCAUUUUUUCUUAUGUUUUUUCUUUUCAUUCCUACUUCUUUUCUUUUUUCUCUUUUUCUUCCUCUUCCACCUCCGUUUUUCACUGUUCUUUUCUUACUCUCUUUUUCUUUCAUUCCUACUUCUACUUUCUUUCCUUCUCGCCUUUAUUCUUCCUCUUCCACCUCCGUUUUUCACUGUUCUUUUCUUACUCUCUUUUUCUUUCAUUCCUACUUCUACUUUCUUUCCUUCUCGCCUUUAUUCUUCCUCUUCCACCUCCAUCUCUUUUCAUUAUUCAUUUCCUAAUUUUAUUAUCUAUAUAUCCGUUUUUCACUGUUCUAUUCUUACUCUAUUUUUCUUUCAUUCCUAUAUAUUUUCUUUUUCUCGCCUUUAUUCUUCCUCUUCCGUUUUUCACAGAGAUUCUUACUCUUUUUUCUUUCAUUCCUAUUUUUUUCUUUCCUUCUCGCCUUUAUUCUUUCUCUUCCACCUCAGUUUUCACUGUUCUUUUCUUACUCUCUUUUUCUUUCAUUCCGUAAAAAUAAAAAGGUCCUACGUUUAUUCUUCCUUACUCUCUCCACAAAAAUUCACUGUUCCCUAUUCUUACUUAAAAGAGGGACAUUCUAAUUCUACUUCUUUCCUUCUCGCUUUUAUUCUUCCUCUUCCACCUCCGUUUUCACUGUUCUAUUCUUACUGUCUUUUUCUUUCAUUCCUACAUCUACUUUCUUUCCUUCUCGAUUUAUUCUUAGAUAGUUUUUCACUGUUCUUUUUACUUUUUUUUUUUCUUUCAGAUUAUAAAGACUUUCCUUCUCGCCUUUAUUCUUCCUCUUCCACCUCCUUUUUUUUUCUGUUCUUGCUUACUUUUUUCUUUCAUUCCUCUUUUUCUUUCUUCUUUCUUUUCCUUCUCCCUUUAUUCUUCCUCUUCCACCUCCAAUUUUUCUGUUCUUAUUUUACCUCCGAAAUUCAUUCCUUGUAUUCUGUUUCUUUCCUUCUCCUUCCGUUUUUCAAUUCUCAUCCUUUACCUGCCAGUCUUCCACUGUGUUCUUCUACCCUUCAUACGCCUCUAUUUAUCUGCUGUUUUUCUUGUGCCUCCCUUUUUUUUUUUUUACUUUUGAUCACCCUUUAUUCGACUCUGUUUCUUAUGUUUCAAUUAUUCCGUCUUCUCUUCGUCUUAUCUGUUCUGUUUCUUUAUAACCUCCUCCUCUUUAUUUAUUCCACAUUUUCUCUGUCGCUUUUUGGUAUUUUCUCUUCCCAUUUCUAUUUCAUAUUUCCUUCCUUCUCUUAUCUUAUCGUAGUGUUUAUACUUUCUCCUUUUCCUAUUUCGCUUCUUUCUCACUUCUUCUUCCUUUUCUCCUUUUUUUUCUGCUCUUACCCUUUCUUUCUUAUUUUUUCUUCAUCUAUUUCCUUUCACGCUUUUCACCUACUUCUUUGUCAUGUCUCUCCACUCUUUAGUACAACUUUCUCUCUGUCUUCAAAGCUCAUCAUUGUUUCCAUUUGCCCUUCAGGUCAUGUCUAUCCACUACCUUCAAUUGUCGUUAGCAGCUUUCUUCUCUGCCUUCAAGCUCCCUCUCAUUCCCUGUCCUCUCCGGUAUCUGGCACAUGCGACAUUCAUGAUGCUCCUAGCGGGAGCCUCAAUCGCCUCCUUAAUGUUGCCGAUCAGCGGGGCCUUGGAAUUACAACCAGUUUUCUCUUUCUCAACGGCUCCCCGCCCUUAAUAAUGGGUAGUAAUAGUUACUAUAUUAAACCGAAACUGUUAAUAUCUAUCUAUCUAUCUAUCUAUCUAUCUAUCUAUCUAUCUACCUCAGUUUGUUCAUAUCUAUCUAUCUAUCUAUCUAUCUAUCUUAUUCUGUUCAUAUCAAUGUAUUUACUUCCAUUCAUGUAG